AUGCCUCAUCGCGGGCGACUUCAACGCCUGUCAUUUCUCCUGGCAGCCUGGAGCCCGGAGUGCGAGGAACGGAAGGACAUCGCCCAGUGGGCGGCCGACAAGGGGCUCGGACUGCUCACCACGCCAGGCGAGGCCACACACGCCCGCGGAAAUACCAUUGAUCUAGCCUUUGCCAAUAUCCCCUCUGCGGACGCGCUUAUCGAAGAGCACCUUCAUACCGGCUCGGACCAUUACACGAUCAGCAUUACGCUCCCCGGCGGGAUUCCCCCCCCAAGGACGAUAGCUAGACCAAGGGUAAGCUCCGAGGAAGAAAUGAAGCGAUUCGAGGAACUUGUGCGGGCUGGGGCCACAGCACUACCCCGGCUGGCCGUUGAGCCCAGAGGCCUGGAGGCUGGCCGAGGCGCUGUCUCGCCUACUCAAGAGGCGGCCGACGCAGCGGGCCGACGGCCCAGGAAGAACGCGAGAGGCACCCCAUGGUGGAACGAUCAGUGCGGCACGGCAGAGGUCCAGACUGCCCGGCGGGAGCUGCGCCGGGCGAGGUGCUGGCCCCAGGAGGACUCUCGACUGCAGCGUCACGCUCGCGGAUGCGGCAUGCGCCUGCACCUCUACGGGCAACACCUCCCGGGGAUCGACGGCAUCACGGUCCGAAUGCUGCGUCGCGUCUGGAACCACAUCGGCGAGGCGGGCGCCUUUGACACGGUUCUGCGGAACCGGCUCCUCCUACGCCUACGGAACAGGGCUGGCCAACAAACCUGGUCCGGUGGGCAGGCUGCUAUGGAGCAGAGAUCGGCCAGAAUACGGCUCGAGGAUAUAACGACGCCGACAACCCCCCUGACGUGCGGGCUGCCACAGGGCUCCCCGGCCUCCCCGAUUCUCUUCCUCCUCUAUACAGUGCCCAUCUACUCGACAGGGGAACCGAACUCGCGCUUCGGCUACGCAGAUGACGUGGCCACCCUGAUCCGGGGCCGGUCCCUACAGGAGACGGCCGCCCGGGCCACGCGCGCCGCGGGUGAGCUCAUCCAGUGGGGAGCCGAUAAUGGCGUAGUAAAGGAGCCACAGCAGGACCUGCGCUGGCUCGGCGUCUGGUACGACAGAAAGCUCUCAUUCCGCACGCAUGUGGAGAAGUGGGCCGCGAAGGCGAUGACGGCCGCAGGGUUCCUCCAGAACCUCUCAAACACCCGGCGCGGAAUCCCUCCCCGGUCGACACGGCAUGCGGUCACGGCCUGCGUCCUCCCGAUCCUUUAUACGGCGCCCAUGUAUGAGACGCGCCGCGGUCCGUCUACGCUCCAGGCGGCUCGAGACUUCCACUCGUGGCUCCGGGUAUGCCCUGAAGAUACCCUCAUCGUCUACACUGACGGCUCGCAGAGCGAAGACGGCGCCUGCGGGUAUGGGUACUCAGUGUGGCUAGGCCCCAGCGAAGUGACCUACGGCAGCGGUCGGGUCCUACUCGCUGAGGUCUACGACGCAGAGGUGGAAGGCGCCCUCGAGGGGCUUCGAGCGGCACUCACGUGGUCCCCCAGAACCCCGGACCAGCAGUGGCCGAUAGUCGUCUGCCUUGAUAACACUGCGGCUAUAAGAGCCAUACGAGGCAGCCCAUCGAUCUCGUCGCAAGCGGCUGCGGAGAAGUUCGCUGAGGCCGCGGCUCGACACGGAGAUGUCAGCACGCGUUGGUGCCCCGGCCAUACGGGGAUCGCCGGCAACGAGCGGGCCGACCAGCUAGCAAAGGAGGGCUGCCGGGCCGAGGGUCCGGACAGAUCGCCGACCUACGCGAACAUCAAGAGACAGGCCAAGGCUGCGGCCAGGCGCGACUUCCAGGACUGGUGGGCCGCGGGGCCCCGAGCAGCUACAAGAGCCUAG